ACCUGGUCACCCUUGCUGAGUAAGAGUUGAAGGUAACAGGGCUUGUUUCACUGCGCCGCUCCUGAUGAAGCUCCAGGCUACCUCCGCUGUCCUCAGCCUCCUGCUGGUGGGCUCCUGGGCCCAGGCGCUGCUGCCCAACAUCACCCUUCCCACCUGCGACUCUCCGGAGGCCCAGGCCGCCACUCAGGUGGCUCUGGACUACAUCAACGCUCAGAACACUCACGGCUACAAGUACGCCCUGAACCAGAUCGAGGACAUCAAGAUCAUCACCAGGCCUGAUGGAGCACAGACCUAUAUGUUGGAGCUGGAGUUCUUGGAGACCAAGUGUCACGUUCUAGACCCCACGCCUGCAGCUCAGUGCCCCAUCAGGACCAUAGCUGAGACGGCUGUGGAGGCUGACUGUGAUGUCGCUCUCUCUAAAACUGCGGGGGUGCUCUCUGUCGUAGCGUUCAAGUGUAAAACUGAAACAGAAACGCCGGACUCUGAUUUGGGUCCUUGUGUGGGCUGCUCCUCUCUGAUCCCACUAAACGACACUGACGCCGCUCUGCUGGUUCAGGCCUCACUGGAUAUUUUCAACAAAAAUAACACCUUUAAUUCAGUGUUCGCACUUUUCGAGGUUGGCCGCCUGUCGUCUCAGGUUGUUUCCGGAGGAUUGAAACUCUCAGCAGAAUACGCCAUCAUCGAAACUAACUGCACAUCUACUGAUGACAAAGGCUGUGUCCCUCUGAACCACACUGUUGCUCGCCAUGGCUUCUGUUUUUCUGAAGGCAUAGGACUCGCCACAUCAGUCAACUGUCAAAUCUACCUUACCAUGGAGCAAAUUGUGGAUCCAGCUUCCAACAUUACUGCUCCUCCUGCACCUCCUCAGGUUCUCCUCCACGCCCACACCGCCGGGCCUGGCCUCAGCCCUGCCAUCCACGCCCUCAAACACCACAAACUCACAGCCCUGCACGACCCCUCAGCCAGCGGCCUGCUGUCCGCAGAGUCUGCUGAGUCAGUGGAGGCUCCGGUGGUUGUGGUGCCAGUGGCGCCCGUGGUGCCUGAGGUGCCUGCGGUAGUCGGGGAUGUACCUGCCGACGUGUCUGCGGAUGUACCCGCCGGCGCCGCCCCUGUAGUGAAGAGGGAGGUGGCAGCAGAGGCGGCAACUCCCGCAGCAGAAGAGAAAGCAGCAGAGCCGCUCUUGGCAGCAGGUGUUCCACUGGUUCCCCGCUGCCCGGGAAAAAUCAUACACUUUUCCACCUAAUAAACACCAUGAGAUAUAAAAACAAUAAAAACUUUGUGUUAAAAA